AUGAGUGUACGGGAAAAGGAGACGGCAAUCGUCACGGGCGGCUCCCGGGGUAUCGGUUUGGCCAUUGCGCGGAAACUCGCUUCGCGGGGGAUCAAUGUGCUCAUUGCAGAUGUCCGGGAGGAACUCGGCAGGGAAUCGGCGGAGCAAAUCACAAAGGACUUUGGUGUCGAGGCCGUCUUCAUCCGGGCCGACAUGCGGAGCGAAGACGACAUCAAGGCCAUGGUUGACAAGGCCGUGAGCCUGUGGGGGAGGCUUGAUUGGGCGGCCAACAACGCGGGAGUGGGCGAGGCCAUGGACGACAACGAGGACCAUGUCACGAGGGAAGGGUUUGACAAGCUGUACGAAAUCUGCCAGCGAGGCGUCUGGCUCUGCCAAAAGUACGAGGCCGAACAGAUGCGGAAACAAGAGCCGCGCGUCCCCGAGGGAAGCUACCUCAACGACAAGUCGUACCCCCAGCGCGGCGCCAUCGUGAACACGGCCUCGAUCUGCGGACGCAUGACCAACGGGAUGCCGGCCUACACGUCGGCCAAGCACGGCGUGCUGGGCAUCACCCGGACGGGAUGUCUGUUCUACGGUAAGCAUGGCAUCCGGGUCAACGCCCUCUCGCCCGGCGUGGUCAUCACGCCCGAGUACCUCGACUGGAAGAAGGACUUUGUCGACGACGAGCGGUUUGCCGAGCAGGCCAGCGGCUAUGCGAAGCGCUGCCCCAUGAAACGGGCGAGCGAUUGUGAGGAGCAGGCCAACGUGGCCAGUUUCCUCUUGAGCGGUGAGAGUAGCUUUGUCAACGGGGCCGAUAUCGUCUGUGACGGAGGUCUCACGGCCGUGUUUGACAGGUGA